AUGAAUGGAAAUACUAAUGGUAAUGAUAUUCAAAGUAGUAAAAAUGUUUAUACAAAAACAUCAAUAUCAUACGGUAUCACUGAUAACAGUAGUAAACGACGUGGUAAAUUGUGCCGUCAACGACAUAAUACUCAACAUGAACGAAUUAAUCAACAACAUUCAACAAUACUUCAAACACGUAUCUUAAGUGGUAAUCAUUUGUAA